AUGCAACCCCCCGGCAUCUACAACCAUCACCGACUUCCCCCUGCUGCUCCCCAGGGUGGCGGACCGCCUUCCAAUGUUCCCCCGCAGGCGUCUUCUCGCCUGUUGGAGGCCUUUGACAUGAUCAAGGGCGAGUACGAUGUUGCUCUCGCCGAGGCAGCCGGAUGGAAAGCCCAGAGGGAUGAAUUUGAGGGCCAACUUACCAGUCAAAUUCAAGAGUUGGCCGGGAUCCGGAAGGCUCUAUAUGACUUGGAGGCUCAGCACACCAAGCGCGGCCAAGAACAAGAGGCCGAGAUUGCGCGACUCCGGCGAGAGAACGAGAUGUUGCGUGCUGCUGCGGCUUCCAAUGGGCCAAUGCCCACCUCCCCACCGCAUCGUGCACCAUCGACGGAUGUCGAUCGUGAGCGAGAGCGCGACCGGCGUGAGCGUGAGCGCGAGCGCGAGAGGGACACCCGUGGCCCCGACGGCUACCCUCCUCUGGCACCACCAGCGAACGGCGGCGACCUUGUUGUCUCACGCUCAUCAUACCCUCCCCCUCCCAUCCCGCGGCCAAUGUCCACUGGUAUCGACCGCCACGAAUCUCGCUCCGUUCCCCCACAGGGCAGCCCCACCCCGUUGCUCUCUGACCUUGACCCAGAGAACGUCUCGCGCGAACUGAAGAAGGAGGGGUCCGAUUGGUUUGCUAUCUGGUCUCCCAAGGUCAAGAAGCAGUUGGACGUAUCGUUGGUUCACUCUCUCGUGCAUGACACGGUCGUCUGCUGUGUCAAGUUCUCCAACGAUGGCAAGUACCUUGCCACUGGGUGCAACCGCACCGCGCAAAUCUACGACACGAAAACGGGCGCAAAGACGUGUGUGCUCCUAGACGAGUCGGCAACCCGGACAGGUGAUCUCUACAUUCGCAGCAUCUGCUUCAGCCCCGACGGCAAGUUCCUUGCUACCGGUGCAGAGGACCGCCAGAUCAGGAUCUGGGAUAUCAAGCAGCAGCGCAUCCGCCACCUUCUACAGGGUCACAUGCAGGAGAUCUACUCGUUAGACUUCAGCAGAGAUGGGCGCUUCCUCGUCUCGGGCUCUGGCGACAAGUCUGCGCGUGUCUGGGACAUUGAGAAGGGCGCUUGCGUCUUUGAUCUGCGCAUUGAGGACUUCAUCCACAACGAGCAUGGCCCGAUCGAUGCAGGCAUUACAUCUGUGGCUCUGUCUCCCGACGGAAAACUAGUCGCUGCUGGCUCGCUCGACACGAUGGUGCGCGUAUGGAAUGUGCAGACUGGGCAGCAGGUCGAGAGGCUCAAGGGACACAAGGACUCUGUGUACAGUGUUGCGUUCUCUCCUGACGGCAAGUCGCUGGUCUCCGGUUCCCUCGAUCGCACCCUUCGUGUCUGGGACGUCACGCAGACCAAGCGCGCUGUGGAGCAUCCUUCGGCGAGCUCGAAGGACGUGGAGAAGGGCCUCGGCAGCUGCGCAUCGACCUUGAACGGGCACAAGGACUACGUCCUAUCGGUGGCCAUCUCUCCUGACGGACGAUGGGUCGUUUCUGGCUCGAAGGAUCGUUCGAUCGAGUUCUGGGACAUCCUGAGCGGACAGGCACAGUUCAUGUUGCAGGGACAUAAGAACUCGGUCAUCUCCAUUGAUCUCGCGCGCUCAGGUGGCCUCUUAGCCUCUGGUUCUGGAGACUGCCAUGCCAGGAUCUGGAGCUAUGGGCCACCUUAG